AAACACGCAAAACGACUAGGGCAUCAUACAUAAGAAUAUGUCAAUUUUGCAUACAAGAGCCUGCUACACCGGUUGAUGCAAACAUAAUGUAUGUUACAGCAAAGUGCGUUAAGCAAUACGUUGCCAUUCUUUCAAGCCUGCUACAUAUUAAAGUUGAUAUCAAUAUCAAAUUUAUUGUAACAAAUUGCUUUUCUAAUUUACCUUCUGCCUUGUAUUUGUACAAGUAGAAACAGUUGAUAAGAUAGGCUAUGUUUCUUUCUUAUCAAGCUGUUAUUUGCAAUAAGCUUAAGAUCACAUAUUGAUAGUGAUGCUGAUAACCAGCUUACCACUUGAUUGUCUGACAAUUUGUUUCCACUGUGCAGCACAGUUCUACAAUAUUGUCUCCACCUUUGACAAAUAUUUAUUUUUCUUUUUUUGUAAUAAUGGAUAUUUUAAAUUAUUCCAAAGUUAAAAUGCUUCUCAUUAGUUCAAGGACAUUUAUAGUUAACAUUAGUAUGAUAGUUAAUUUAUGUAACAUUAGUUUGUGACUGGGUGAACGCGGGAAGAGCAUGGUAUAAAACUCCGGUGGAAGGACAAGAUUCGACUCAACAACGUCAUAUGGCGGUGCUGGCACAUGCAGUUUAUAAAGAAACAAAACACAUUGGUUUGCCAAUUCGCUUCCCCGCUUGAUGUUGACACACACGUUAAACCAGAGGCAACAAUUUUAGAAGGUAAAUAUUGGAAACGAAGAGCAGAAGCGGUUAUAGCAGAAUAUAAAAAAUGGCGCAAGUUUCAUAUCAUGCGACUCCUUGGAAAAGGAGACACAUCCGUUCAGGACACGAUAUCGGACAUGGACACGGUGGAAUCGUUCUCGCAGUGCAGCGACCUUGCAGGCAAUAUGCUAACAGACGAGGACUAUCUCAACUUCAUGACUGACACACUGUUCUCCACCAUCAGCAGCCACCAACCCUUCGCCUUCCCAGACUGCAGGGAAAUUGCUAGAGGCGCAAGUUUAGCAGAUUUCAUUCAACCAAGUUUAGGCCCUCUGCAACCUAAUCUGGAUGAUUUUAUGGACACAUUGGAACCGCUACAAGAUUUAUUGACGCCUAGAUUGUUACCGCCAGUACCGGAGGAAUCGGCGUUAACGUCGGAGGAAUCAAUGUACCGAGGUGGUAUGUCCGUGGACACGUACUCCCCGCAGAGUUUCAUGAGCAGCAACCAGAGCAACACCGCAGUCACGAUGCCGACCAGUCAGAUGUCUUUGCACGGCACCAACAACAAUACUCAAAUGAUGGCGAUGGCAGAGCAGUCGAUAAAGAAUGAGCAGCAGAUGGGAAUGUACGACAACGGGCGGCUGUUCACGCAGUCCGAACUACAGAACAAUAUGAUGAAUGCUCAAGAGAUGAUAUCUCCAUAUCAACCGAUCACUUAUGAACAGCAGAACACGGCACAGUCAGACCAACAAAUGCAUAAUGUUUACGUUGGAAAAUCGUCUAGGUUACAAUAUGUUAAUACUCCAAAAAUCGUUACGCAAUCUGAACCUUGCUAUAAUAAAUAUACAACAGGUGUACCGCCAUCACAAACUGCUCCGGAAACAGUAUCGUUGCUGCAGCAGCCAUUACAGAAUUCUAAAUACGCUUCAACUAUCGUGAUACAAGGGCGGGGUGGGUACGCCCGAGAGAAGCCCAGACAGAGGGUGUCUCACUACUCAGGCCAAGUUCAGAACAAUCAGUAUCAGAGUUACGGCCAGAGCAUGAGUCAGGGCGGGCCGCCGGUGUCGCCGCAGGGCUACGAGUCGCGCUCCGUGGGCUCCCGCCAGGCGUCGCCGCAGAUGCAGUACUUGCAGCCGAGUCCUGUGGACUCGUAUAAGGCGAAGAACGUGUCCUCCUCGGUGAAUCCCCGUUCGUUUAAGAUGCCUUCUCCACCACUGGUUCCCGCUACAGCUCCACAGAUGUCGAGCGUGGCGAGUUCGAGUGGCGGCGUGGUGUCGCGCGUGAACAAGGAGCAGUUCCGGUCGCACAGCCUGCCGCUGGGCUCGCAGCUCAACCCCGACUGGAGCGUCAGCACGCCCGCGCCGCCCGCGCCUGCGCCGCCCGCGGUCGAGGCGCCCGCCAAGCACAUCGCCAGGGGUCGCGAGUCGAACCCUGGCGGCAUUCGCAUUCGUUCACGUUCGUCGUCGAGCGGCGUGGCGGAGGCCGCGGCCGGCGGCGGCAGCGCGGGCCCGGCGCCGCCCGCGCGUCGCCCGCCGCCCCUCACCAGCGUCGCCUCCGAGCCCACGCUGCCGCAAGCUAGCGUAAUGCUCGCGCAGCUGCUCUCAGCGCAACACUCCCAAAGCUUGUACAAGCUGAACAGUUCGGAGGAUGGGACUGGGUCGGACCCCACCAAGUCUCCGAUCAGGCGAGCGCAGCCCUCGCCUAUCGGCAGCGAUGUCAUGUCGCCGCAUCACGUGAGUAACUGGGAGUCGCUGUCGCCGCCGACGUCGCCGGGCGCCGGGUCUCCCCGCGCGGGCAGUCCGCGGGAGCCGCGCCGCACGCACUUGCACGCGGAGCAGAAGCGUCGCUACAACAUCAAGAACGGCUUCGACACGCUGCAGGCUCUCAUACCGCAUCUUAAUACUAAUCCCGCCGCUAAGAUAAGUAAAGCUGCCAUGCUACAGAAGGGUGCCGAGUAUAUAAAGCAGUUGAAGGCUGAGAGGAAUCAGAUUAAAGAGGAAAUGGAGAGCUUACGACAGCAGAUAGAAUGUUUGAACAAUUCCAUUACUAACUGCCACUCGCUGCUGCCGGCGACGGGCGCGCCGGUGUCCCGCGCCCGCUCGGGCCGCCUGCGCGAGAUGUUCGCGCGCCACGUCGCCAACCGCACCAUGCAGAAUUGGAAGUAUUGGCUGUUCAGCGUAGUGAGCGCGGCGCUGGUGGAGUCGUUCAGCGCGUGCGUGUCGUGCAGCAGCGCCGCCGACCUCGUGCGCACCACGCUGCUGUGGGCCGAGCAGCACUGCUCGCUCGUCGAGAUGCGACCAGCGGUGCUGAACUCUUUGCGCGUGCUGUGCACGACCACGGACAUCCUGACGAGUCCGGAGCGUCUGCCCGAGGAGGCGCGGGCCGCGGUCGCCGCCAGCGCCGCCGUCAAGACCGAGCCCACGUAGGCCACAUACGUUCUAAUCUCGACAAUUCGCUAGCGAGUCGUCACUAUUGAAGUUACAACAGCUAAUUUCCCUCAGUGACAUUUAGGGAGUCGGCGAAGUUAGUGUCAACCUCGAUUGGUAGCCGGAGUGUUGUGUCGAUCCAGAUUGUUAUUCGGCCGCAAACAAGUUGAAUAUAAAUAAAUAUUAAGCAACUUAAGUCACGUUUGCAUGGAGGCCAUGUGCUCAUUUAUUUGUAUUCAACAUCUUUCGGCCAAUGUAUUUAUGUGUAUCGAUCUACUUUUGCCUAAGUUUUAACUCUGCCAUUUACUGUUUGUUAAAAUACCUCACGUUAAACAUGAUUUUGCUGUGAAGUUGUUACUUUGUGGGAAUGAUCAUAAUGUUUCAGUUUUUUUCAUGUAGCCGGGCGUUGCUUUUGAGUGGCAAAUAUUUUCUACUGGUCUCAUGUUAAAAUAUUCACGUUGAUAUCAUUUCAGCUAAACUUACUAUUAUUCUGACUUGUUUAAACACUGCCCGGUAUCAAGUGUAAGCUUAUAUCUAAAUUGUUACCUCUUUUAAUGUGAUUUUCGGAGUUUGUGUGAGAAAUUUUGGUGUAAAACGAUUUAACAAAAAAAAAAAAAGAAAAAAUAUUAUUAUAUUUUGGUCACGAUGUUAAAAAAAAUAUUUAUAUAAAAUUUAGAAAGGGAUUGAUGUAAAGGAACGGUAAAAGUUAAUUACUUAUGUAGCAUCACAAAAAAGAAGAAAUCGUGUAUUUUAAAUACACAUUUUAUGUGAAUUGUACAACUGCGGUCUAAUUAAUAUUUUGAACAGACACCACUUAUUAUGUAAAUUCUAGCGGAGCGUCCGCUGUCUAUGUUGUGAAGGUGAAAUUGAAGUGUCCUAAUCUAGUGCCUUGUACGUCGUAGAUAAUUCAAUUGUUGUUAUAAACAUACAUAGUCGCUUGUUGUUCUCUCGAUGUUUCUUAAAGAUUGAACAGAGAUGCACGACACUCAAUUAAUAUUGUCACAUAUUGAUGGUCAGUUGUUUAUUGUAGUUUGCACAUUCGUGUCUGUUGCGAAUUCCAAUAUUGUCUUUUAAAAUCUAACCAUAAGACUCAAAUCAUAAGACCUCUAAGGGUCCGAGGCUCCUAAUAUCGGCUGUAGUAAUGGCCGAUGGAUAGGGCGAAUGAAACGAAAUACUUUUACCAAAGAUAUAACAGCCGUAGAGCGCAUAGUUGAGUGCGCAACCAUGUUGUAUAAUAUGUGGCCGUCCUGUCCGAUAUCACGUCAAUACCAAUGUAGCUCGUAAGAAACAAUGAAUUUAUUGAACUUGUCGAGAUUUAAUUUAGAAUUGUCUAAGUGUAUUUACGUAAGUACUUUAAGUAAAUAUUUUUAUAUUGUGUGAAAACACAAAUGUUUUUAUAUAACUAUAUAUAAAUCGGUGCCAACGUAAAUAUUGUUGUAAUUUGUUAUGUAGUGAUAUAAUUUUAUGAAGUAUCGUUGACUGUGGCAGCACGUUGUCGUUUGUUGGCGUCGGCGCUGCGCCUGCGCCGCGCUCGUGAGCUUUAAAUGAGGUUAAGUGCAAUUGUUGUUCUAUUGGAAAUACAAUCUGGAAACUAA